AUGAAUGUCAGAAGGCAAAUCAAGCUAUCGUCUAUAAUACACAAAACUUCCAUCUACCGUGGGUCAAGGACUAUUUUUAACGAUCGAACAACACUAGAUCCAUACAAAGUUACGGUACCAGCCACAAGAUCAGAAGUACAAGCUCCUAGUAUCGUAAAAAUACAAAAACAACUACCCAGUUGGCUGGAGUACGAAAAAGAUACUGGUUAUAGUCAUAGUAAGGAAGUUAUCCAGCACGCUAGAGCACAACGGCUACGUAACAUUAGACCGUUCAGCGCUACACAGCUUUCGCUUUUCAACGCAAAUCCAAGGAAAAUCGCCACACCAUCACGUAAAAAUGAUAUCGUUAGGCAUUUGUGGAAACUAAGAGUUAAUGCGACAUAUCGGAAAACACAAGAUAAGAGGAUUGUAACAUCAUCAAACAUAGUAAAGCAUAUGCUCAAACAUACAAACUGCGCAUUCAACAAUAUAUUCACAACACAAAGGGAACUUGUUGAUACGCUAGUUGCGGAAGAUACAUCCAGAGAGAGAUAUAAUCGAGUACAACUUGUAGAUAAAGAUAUCUUGCAGUACUGCCUAAGAGGAACCACUGCAGCUUUCAAACUCUCGGAUACUAUCGCGGAAGUAAUUCUACCCAAGCCUGCAAUCAUUAAGCAACCAAAGCUAGUAAUUGCACUAGACAACGUCAGAUACCCAGAGAAUAUAGGCAAUAUAAUACGUACGGCAGUGGCCCUAAACGUAGACGCCAUAUUCUACCUCAAGGGAACUGCUGAUCCAUUCGACUGGAAGGUAUCAUAUAUCACGGGAGGACUGCAGUUCAUGCUACCGUAUCAAAAAGGUGACAUUAGGGCACUUAAGAAAUUCUGCAAAAAUCAUAAAUUGACACCAAUUGUGGCACAUUUGGAAGGAAAAGAGGUAGACCAAUUGAAAAUAACACAGGGUAUCUGUUUAAUACUCUCAAACGAGUCACAUGGACCAGACGCAGAUAUACUCAAAUUUGCCAAAAGCAAUUGCUGGUGCCAUUCUAGUACACCAACUGCAAACGAGACUUUGCAAUAUCACAACAACGGGAAACUUUUAAAAACAAAGAUGGCAUAUAAUCGAACGAAUAACGAUGAUCCCAAGACGCACUUGCUAUCGGGAAUGCCAGAUGACUCUAUAUCGCACAUAUCAUGGAGCCAUACACCGAACCCAUUGCUGCUUGCUGCAAGUAGCUGGGAUAAAACCGUACGUAUCUGGCGAAUAUCUCCAAUUAUGGGGAAUACAGUUACUUCAGAAUCAGUUAUACUCUACAGACAAGAGGCGCCAGUGUUGACGAGCUGCUUCUCCACAGAUACCUCCAAGUUCUUUGCAGGAGGAUGUACAAAUACCGUAAUGGCAUAUGACCUCGCAAGUAGGAACCCUACGGGGAUACUUGUGGCUAAACAUGAUAAGCCUGUAACAGGGGUAUACUGGAUACAGAAGUUCAAUGCUAUCAUGACCACUAGCUGGGACGGCAAGGUAUGCAUGUGGGAUGGAAGACAAUCUCAACCGGUAUGGUGUGAGAAUUUGGGAACGAAAAUAUUCGCAUCACAUUUUAGACCGAAUAUCGCUUGUGUAGCAGGAAGUAAUGGCAAAAUCCAUGCAUGGAAUCUAGAUAACAUACAACACCCCAAGAGUAGGGUAACACUGGAUUCCACACUCAAGUGUCAAGUACGCGCAAUGUGCCUAUUCCCAAACGUAACUGAUAAAUCGGGGCUUGUAUACACCUCCAUAGGAGGCAGAGCAGUUGUGAGCUACUUUAUGGAGGAGAACAAGUCACAGAACUUCUCAUUUAAGUGCCAUCGUCAGGAUUCCCCUGGGAAAAGCACACAAAUCUACGCGGUUAAUGCCGUGGACUUCCACAAUGUGCACGGUACAUUCGUCACAGGUGGAGGUGAUGGUAAUUUUACCAUAUGGGACAAAGAACAUCGAUCUCGUGUGAAGACUUUUAACAACGUGGACUCGCCCAUAGUUGAUGUUAAGAUACAGUCAGAUACCAACCUGCUGGCGUAUGCCACGAGUUACGACUGGUACAAAGGUUUCGAUAGGGAGAUGAUAAUGAAGAGCAGACGUCAAAUAGGGGUAAUGCAGCUAAGAGAGGAAGAUGUUAAGGGGCGACCUAAGACCGUUGGAGCAAUGGAGGACGCACGCCGUAACUGGAUUGUUAAUACUCAGGUACUAUAUAACUUUAUCAGUUGCAUUCGCCUGCCUCACCAGCCGCUAUCCGUAGAGUUCUUACCGGAGCUAUCCUGGCGACGUGAACGUAUUGGAGAUGUAGCAUUUCAACAUGUAGCUUGCGGUCUUCAGGCAGAGCCCGGUGAGAAGGUGGCGCUAUAUGUUAUCGAGGUGGCGUUGCCAGCGGAACCACUAAAGGAAGGAAUACGUAGAUAUAGCCAAUGUAUCGAUUAUGAAGGGUUCCCUUUGCCGGGAUACGGGGAACCGAUGUACCAGUGUGUAUCGAAGGCUUCGUUGGAAGGUGAUGUUUCUAGCCUGAGAUCGCACUCAUAUGGAGAAAAGAGUUUCCUUGCGGCAAAAGCUAAGGAUGUCUAUGUAUACGACAUCGGCAGCGGGAUCAAAGAAGAUGAAGAUAUGAAACCAAUCCUUACAUUCAAUGAUCACGAGAAGGAAGGAUACGGGCUCACGUUCCACAAGACUAAUCCGAUACUCGGAUCGUGCUCAGAAGACGGUAUAGUCAAUAUCUGGAACGUAGAAGCCGGGGCGCUUACAUACAACUUCCAACACCAGGAUGUCCUUAAUGCUAUCGAGUUCCUUGAUCACGAAAACAGAGUAUUAGUGGCGGCAGAAGACGGACAUGUGCUAGUGCUAGACUUUGACCAACCCGAACCAGUUGCGAAAACCGCACAGGUUACAGGAGCCAUAAACGCCAUAACAAAUCAUGCCCUAAAUCCAGAUGUGUUUGUUACCGGCUCCACUACCGGGGUGGUACAUGUGUGGGAUUACCGGAAACUCGAUAAACCUUUGCAUGAAUUCAAAGCUCACGACGCACCUAUAGUCAGAUUACAACUCAACAACAGCUGUCCAACACUUCUAGCAAGUGCUGCGGAAGAUAAUACUGUGCGUAUAUUCGAUCUGGAAGCAGGUUGCAGUGACGAAGAAGAAGAUGAAUACAUGGGAGACGAGGACCAGGACGAGGAAGAGGACGACCCCAAAGAACUUAUAUUCACACACACAGGACAUGUAGAACAAGUAUACGACUUCUGCUGGAGUACGUGCGAGGCUACAGAUACUUUCGUUGCAUCAGUAGGCGAAGACUUCUGCCUGCAGAUAUGGCAAAUGUCAGACGAUAUCAUGAACUAUUCCGAUGAGGAAGAUGAAGGAGAUGAACAGUAG